AACAGCCAUUUUCAGUCUGAAAUAUCAAUGCACCGCUGCUGAAAAGGAGGGAGUUUUAUCUGUACAUGUUCAGCUGUGAUCAGUUAAACACUGUGCUGCGUCCAAAAUGGCGUCGUUGCUGGGGGAGAAGCUGUUUGAAAUUUCUGGCCAGGGCCCAGCGCCCUCGAAAGAUUUUUACAAUUUUGUCAUUACCAGAAAUGAGGUAAAAUUGACUGUUUGGACCAUCUCUUUGCGACGUGACAGUAUAUUUCGUGCUCCAAAACAGGUGAAGUCAACUUUUGCUAAUUUUCUACAAGACAAACGACUUCAGGAGGAUAUUAGCAAUGUUUUUGGUGAGAAGAUCCUGGUCUACUCGCUGUCACUGUGCCAGGGACACUACGACUAUCUUGAUCGCAUACCGGAGGACUUACUGCUCAGAAUCAUCUCCUUCCUACAGCUGAAAGAAAGAUUUGUGUUGGCACAGGUUUCCAAAAGAUUCAAAAUGCUCUGCAACUCUGAAAAGUUUUGGGAAAUGCUUGUGAAGAAUGACUGUCCUGAUUACCAGCCUAACAUGGAGGACUUAGCAAAAGCCCUGGGAUGGAAGUUGGCCUAUUUUACCUUCUUUCACACUGAUGGCACCAAAACCAAUGACAUCAACAAUACCGACUUCAACAGCAAUGACACCACCAGCAGCAACGACGCCAAAAAGCAGUAAAAAUAAACAGCAACACGACUAA